AUGACUCGCAGGGGUAUUCUUUGGAUCUCGUUACUUCAUGAUGAACGUUUGUCUAAUGUUGACAUAUGGAGUCAUAAGGAAACUUUCAUAACUUCAUCACAGUUUCGCGCUGUUACAGCUCGCAAUGUUGACAUUCGUAAUAUCAGCGAUGAAUCUUUGUCAGAAGGAGAUUCACGCAAACAAAGCGAGGACAGAAAAGCCGUACUAAAGAACGGUGUCAUAUCGGGAUCCGGUUUUAUGAACAGUGGAAAUGUUCGAUGUGGUUCGUCGGUUUGUCGACCUAUAUCAGGCGUUUUUGCUAAAAAUCCCUUACCAAACGGAUACGUGCACGUCACUACACUACCAGCUGGAGCUUCCAAUAUCACCAUCACCGAGUUACGUAACAGCAUCAACUUUUUGGCUCUGAAGUCGACGGGUGGUGAAUAUAUCAUCAAUGGAAAUUACACGGUUUCUCAUAGCGGAAGUUACGAUGCUGCUGGAAGUACAAUUGAUUAUCAUCGUUUCGAUGGCAGUGUUAAAGAUUCUCAUCAUCCUAAAAGAAGUGACGGUGUAACUGAAUGGAUAACAUCAUCUGGCCCUUUGUUUGAACCUAUACAUUUGAUGGUUCUCUCGCAACAAGUUAAUCCAGGAAUAAAAUAUGAAUACCUUCUGCCAACAUCACUCGCAUCGUCAGAAGAAACAUCUGAAGUUGAUUAUAUUUCGUCGGCUGAAGAUAAUCUACCGUUGAACUACAAGUUGAAAGCAGCUAACAUGCAAACAAAUACGACGUCGACAGGUAAAAGACGAAGAAGACUGUCAUGGAAGGUGAUAGGCUUCACACCGUGCAGUAAAUCAUGCGGUGGUGGAUCUCAACAACCCAUAAUUCGCUGUGUGCGUGGCGACACCACACGAGUUUACUCACCUAAGAAAUGCGCCCAUUUAAAGAACCCAGUCGUAAACGAGAGUCUCAUGAAGUGCAACAGUCAGCCGUGCCCAGCAUUUUGGAAAAUUGGAGAUUAUAACAAAUGUCGUUGCGGGGAGUACGAUGAAAAAACUAAUCAAACUCGUGAGGUGAAGUGCGUUCAAGAGCUUAUAUCGGGCGUUGUUAUACAAGUUAAUAGCGGUGCUUGCAUCGAAGAUAAGCCCAUCAGUACAAUUCCCUGUGCAUGCGUCAAACCAUCGCGACCAUCCAAAGUUGAAACUUACAAACAUAAUCGACAACAGACCACUAUCAGCAGUCGAAACACUCAAAAUGAUCAGAAGACCACAUCUAGAAACCGCACCAGAGCACCAUCUAAAAGCAAAAAAAGUGGAUCAUGGCUGGUAUCGGAAUGGAGUGAACAAUGUUCGUCUGAAUGUGGGGCUGGUCAACAGUUCCGUACAAUAUUUUGCGAUCGAAGUCCCCCACAUACAGAUAGAUGUGACAUCCGUUUGACGCCAAAUACAUAUCGCGAAUGUACGAGUGAUGUUCGUUGUCAGGGCGAAUGGUUUAUUGGACCGUGGAGUUUAUGUUCGGGCGAUUGUUUCAACUCAUCGAAAUCACGUACAGUCGUUUGCAUCAAACAUGACGGUUUUGCUGAGGAAAGCGAAUGUGAUUUAAAGUCGAAGCCCGCAACAUUUGAAGAUUGCAAGCCCGAUGAGAUGAAAGAUUGCAAACCGAAAUGGCACUUGUCAGAAUGGAGCGAGUGCAAUAAAAAUUGUGGGUCGGGAAUUCAGAGACGAACAAUUAAAUGUCUUGAGCUUGAUUCAAAGGAUAAAAUCUUGAGAGACUCUUCGAAAUGCAAAUAUUCAGAGAGACCAGCUGGAAUGAGAUACUGCAACACUCAUGAUUGUUCAGAAAAAACAACAACUUACGACCCUCGCGUAGACAUGAUUCAAAAUGAUGACGAUCCAAGCUGCCGCGAUGAGUUUCCCAACUGUAACAUGGUGUUGAAAAGCAAACUUUGUGGCUACGCAUAUUACAAUGAGAAUUGCUGUCAAUCAUGCCGAAUGAUUUCCAAUGAAUUAUUUUAAUGGACGCCAAAUGGAGUUUUAUACUUAUUCGUUUAAAAUUUGAGCUUUUCAUAUUUUUCAUUAAAUGUACAAAAUUCAUCAAAGUACAUGAAAAGAGAAAAAUGAAAAAGUUUUCCAUUUGAAAAAAGCUCAAAGAGAAAAGAUUGUAAUUAAAGAUAAAAUCGUUGUAUUCAUUGUUGAAGUAUUAUGAAUACUAACAAUAAUUAUGAUUCAUUUAAUAAUAUUGCGAAUUUUACAAAAAAAAAAGAUGUCAAAGUUGAUUUCAUGAAACAUUUUUUCAUUGUAAUAUUUUAAUGCUUCAUAAGCCUUAAAGGCUAUAAAACCUUAAUUGAUUAUAAAUUUUGAGGGUGUUGAUAAUUUUUUCGCUUUUUUUUAGCCUUAAAAUGCGAUUAUAUUUAAUUUUCUAAUUGACAGAAAAGCAGCGCCCACGCAUCACCGAUUAUUAGAUUUUUGCGAUGUUUAAAUUGCAUAAAAUUUUAUGUUCAUUAUGAUUUAAUUUAAUGAGUAGUUUUAACAUUUCUAAUUAACAUUUUAUAGUAAUUCUCGUCCAUAUUCGUUGUAAUGAAAAUGAGCUGAACAACAUUUUAAUCAUUUAUCAUUUGAAUAAAUUUCUAAUUCUAUUUAUAACUUAAAAUGAUUUGCUGAACGCAAUUAUUCUUUUUAAUUAUCCUAAUCGAUUAUAAUUUAUAAUCCUCUCAUCAAAAUAAUGAAAACAUUUUCGAGAAUCAAAAUAAAAGCUUUUGAAAAGCUUAAAUAUUUAUUUAAUAUGAAAUUCUCAGCCUGAAUAAUUUAAUCUCAAUAUUAAAAGCAUUUUUAAAUUAAUAAUUUUGUAAUUUAAGUUUUUCAUGAUGUCAUCAGAGCAGAUUUCCUAGUCUCCCAUUUCCUGUCUUCACAAUUUCCUUUAAUAAUAUCACUUACACCGCAUAAGUUUCAAUGAAGUCUUUUUAAAGAUUGUUUUUAAAAGAUAAGAAAAUAUUUCAAAAUUUAUGAAAAUCUUUACUAUGCUGGAAGUUGAGUGGAAAAUUUGUAAAAAAUAAAUUUUUCCGGUUUAAUAAAAAAAAUGUAAAAUUAUGUUAAGGAAAA